GUUUAGUUGUUUUGUGAAUUUCCCAUAAAAAAAACCGCAGCAUUGCUUGUAUUCACACAAUGUGCUGCUAUUCACUUAACUAAACAAUCACUUCCAACAUUUUAUAAAAAUUUAUAAAUGCAACUUAAAACAAAAGCGUUUUUGUUAAGUUGCUUAAGUUCAACAUUUACCAUGUCUCCUGCUACAGACCCAACUGCAGCAAAGUCACCGGACUGCCAGCGCGCUACUAAACCGUUUAUUACUAGUCGGGUGGUCCAUUUUAUUUGUGAUUUUCUCAAACUCUUAAGUCUGUUCACUGGAGGCCUUGGCAGCUGCUGCAUUUGGCUAAGUAAGCAGCAAUGGUGUAGCAAAAGCUUGGCAUCUUACAAUAUCACCGCCAUUGUUGGUUUCAUUUUAGUUUUCAGCGCAGCUGUUGCGCGAUUUAUCCAAGUUAACCGAUUACAAUUUCACGACAUAGCAUUAUUCAUAAAACGUACGAGGCGAGAAAAAAACGAAAAUGAAUUCAAGCAGAAGGGAGCCACAAAAUUUCAGAGCAAAAUAAAAUCCUUUCAUACGAGGAUUAGAUCAUAGUCUGUAUUCCAGGCAUGAAUAUAUAUGGGGCAUUCUUUGUCAACCAAACUACGCGCAACAUACAUAUGUACAAAAACAAAACCAGGCAGCGUUGGCAAAGCCUGUGCAUUCGAAAGAAUAAAAUCGACGCGUAGAUAUACAUAUAUAAAGCGAAAGAGAAACGAAUUUUUAAAUAUUUAAUAUCAAGUGGUAAACUAUACUAAAACCUAUACAUAGAAAAAAAGUAAAUAAAAAUUAGUAACAAAAAGUCAAAGUAG